GGACAUCAAGGGACCAAGAACGAUUCUGACGGCCAUGGAUGAAGAACUUGACGCGGCCUUGCGGCAGGCCACCUCGUCGAAGCUCCCGGGGGAGCAGAAGGCGGAGCUCUUCACAGCUCUGCGACGCCACGGCGCCAAGGCGCCACAGCAGCUGGCCACAUGGGAGGCCAAGGCCGAGCUCCUGCGUUUCCUCGCCGAGUUCUACGAAGAGAAACGAUUGUACCACCGGCAGGUCGUCAGUUUCCUGGAGCUGCUCUUUGAAGUUUCGCCUGGCUGGGCUUCGGCGGCUCAAGCCUUGAGGAACGACUGGCCUGAAGAGAUGGCAAAGGUGGUACCUGAAGGUUCAGAGACAGGCACUGGAACCGCAGUGCCGGCGACGAAGGUGGCGCAAUCAGCCACAGGAUCCACAGGUGGCUACGCAGCCGAAGCGCCUGUGGCUCCACAAAGGAGUAUGGCGGACACCUUUGCAAUGCUGGAAGAUGCCUUGAAAAGGCUGUCAGAUGCAAAUUACCGCUUGGCCGUGAGCACCGGCAGCGGCCUCGAAGAAGACGACCACCUCAUGGCCUUCGAACUCUUCCGCCGGGCUGUUUGCCGGGUAACGCAAGAUCAUCGCAUCCAGAAGAACGUUUUGGACCAGAUCUCUCCAAAGGACGGCCCGGCCGCAGAUGGAGCAGCUUUGCUUCCGAAGCUCUCCCCAGAAAGGUACCAAGUUGAUUUGAUCCUCCACUUUCUACUGGAGGUGAUGGAUCAGAAACCGCGCCACAAGAAGCGCACCGAGGCUUUGUUGCUGUUGCUGAUGCAGCUGGACAGUUGGCGCCUGGUGGCGGAAGAUGAAAAGCUGCAUGCAGCCACAGCACUGCACUUUGGCUGCCAGCCAGUCACUGGUGGCAGAUGUCGUGCGGCCAAUGUUUACCGAAAGAGGCCUGAACAUUUCCAGGGCUUAUUGGAGCUCUCCGCUCGGCUCAGCCAUCAGGUACAGGAAGAGAAUGGAACCAGCGACUGGGUGGAUGAGGCCGAGGCUGAAGAGGUAGCAGUGGUUGAAACUGAUGAGCUGGAAGAACUCUUGGCAGACGCCCGAAGGUGGGUAGACAUCCAUCGUUUGGGUGACUUGAGGCGUGGUGCCUUUGGGGUGCUUCUCAUUCGCGUACUCGCAGCACAUAAUUUGGUCAACGCCGAUUGGUUUAGUCUGUCAGAUCCCUACGCCAAGGUCAUCCUGGGCGACCAUCGAAACAUCCAUCCUCACGAGGUCACAGUGGACAAAGUUUCCAAGACUACGCCAGUCGUGGAUGAUUGUUUGGAUCCUCAUUGGGACGAAGAACUCUGGAACUUCGAUGUGGAGGCAGAGUCGAGCAUUGUUCGACUUGAAGUCUGGGACAAAGACACCGUCCAGGACGAUUCCCUGGGUUCGAUCUCCAUUCCCAUCAGCAUGACGCCUUCGGAAAUGAAACGCUUGCGCUUCCACUUGGAUCGUGUGGCGCAUGGAGAGCUGGAGGUAGAGAUGCAAUUCUUGAGGUUGGAGACCGAAGACGAUUUGGAACUGAUCAAGUCGGGUGGUCGAAAGCUCCCCGGGGCCAAGCACAGUUGA